AACAUUGUGUAAAGCAUUCUGUGUAUCUCCGAGAGGAAGACGCAUUCAGAGGAUUACAGUAAAUAGGCCUAACCAGCAGAUAGAGACAGGUACAAGCUCUGCUAGCUGGAGUGGGGCAUCAGUAAUCCAGGUAUGUUUGAGUCUAGUGCAGGACUUGGACAUAGUUGCUGUACAUAUCCGGAGUGUGUUCCUUCAAGACUGAACAGCGUUUCUCACUAUCUGCAUCCUCCUCAAAGAUGGCUACCUUCGCCAACCACUCAACCAAUGAGAGCAGCGGGCACAGCUGGCGCUGUCAAUUCAAGGAGGACUUCAAGUACAUCCUGCUUCCUGUCAGCUACACUCUGGUCUUCGUGAUUGGCCUAGCCCUGAAUGUCACGGCCAUGUACGUGAUCCUGUUCCGUACAAAACGCUGGAAGCCCUCCACGGUGUACAUGUUCAACCUGACAGUGUGCGACACCCUCUAUAUCCUCACCCUACCCUUCCUAAUCUACUACUACGCCGACGAGAACGACUGGCCCUUCAGCGAACCGUUCUGCAAACUCAUCCGCUUCCUGUUCUACGCUAACCUCUACGGUUCCAUCCUGUUCUUGUGCUGCAUCAGCCUGCACCGAUUCCUGGGUGUGUGCUACCCGAUGAGGUCACUGAGCUGGGUCAGCUCCCGGAGAGCCCGGCUGGUGUCUGCGGCGGUGUGGGCGUGUGUGUUGAUGUGCCAGGCUCCCGUGCUCUACUUCUCACGCACCAGGGACGAGGGGACAGAGAGGGUGUGUUUCGACACAUCCAGUCCAGAGUUAUUUCAUGACUUCCUGGUGUACAGCUCGGUGGUGUCUGUCCUGAUGUUUGCGUUCCCUUUCAUGGUGGUGAUGGUGUGCUAUGGACUGAUGGUGAGGAAGCUUCUGGAGCCCACCUGGGGGGCAGGAGGGAGCCAGUCGAGAGGAGUCGGGGGGCUCGCUGCUCAUCGCUCCAAACACAAGUCUGUGAAGAUGAUAAUCAUCGUGUUGGCAGUGUUCAUGCUGUGUUUCCUACCCUUCCACCUGACCAGAAGUCUGUACUACUCCCUCAGAUACCUGGAGCAGAUGGAUCCCUCCCAGGUGAGCUGUGAGCUGCUGAAGGUGUCCAGCAUGGCCUAUAAGGUGACACGCCCCCUGGCCAGCGCCAACAGCUGUGUGGAUCCCAUCCUCUACUUCAUGGCUGGACAGGGUUUCCGUAGCAACUUCACUAACAGAAGCAGGGCAUCACAAAUGAAACCAGGAAGCGUGACUGGGGCACUCUCAACGCAGCUCUGACCGACAGGAAGAUCAAUCUAUUAUCUGAAUAGCUAUGGAACACAUUGUGUAUUCCAUUGGAAUGGAGAGAACACAGUUGGACAAAGACACUGGAUGGAUGAUUUGACCAUGCUGGUCAUUUAUGAACAUUUGAACAUCUUGGCCAUGUUCUGUUAUAAUCUCCACCCGGCACAGCCAGAAGAGGACUGGCCACCCCUCAUAGCCUGGUUCCUCUCU